AUGGACGACGCUCAAACAGCUUUCGCUACUCACUACCCUUCUUACGCCUUUGAUCUCGACAUGAUGAAGAGGUCUAUGGAUGCAGUCGGAGGCCCUGAUGCCAAAAAAGCCCGUUGGUCACCACCCUCAUACAAUGGAACUGGUGGUCUCUCUUCGACGACUACGGGCGGUACCGCUAAUUCCGGCAGCGCCUUCCACCCGCGACCCGUUUGUCAACUAUGGAUAUGGUCCUCAAGCAUCCAUAAAUCAACCCUGCUUUUCAGCCCGCCGGUUCUCCGUCGUUUACAUCUAACGCACUGUACUUCAACUCCCUCCCUUACGAUCAACACGGGAAUGGGUGUAAAUGGACACGGUCAAGUACAGAUGAGCCCACACCCGAUGUCCAGCAGCGGUUUCGCACAGCAGCAGCAACAGCAGCAGGCAGGUGGUCAGGGUCAGGCUGGCCAGUUUGGAUACUGGGAUGCUGGGCAUGGGCCUGCCAAGUGUUGGGAUGCUUGGGCGGCUUUGGAUAUCCGAGUCAAUCAGGAAACUUCGGACAAAAUUUCUCUCAACAGCCACGUCUCCCGUCACUUAACGUCAACAUCCCACCGACCCCCGGGGCUUACUCACCCUGCUGCUCUCUCUGCGGCUCUCUCGGGCACCCCUAACGCUCUCAUAGGACGAACUGUUUACGUCGGAAAUUUACCUGCGACGGCCUCUGUUGACGAACUUUUAAAUCUGGUGCACUUUGGCCCACUCGAGUCCAUUCCGCCCUUCCACGCGGAUGCGACGAUCAAGAAGCUCUCUCUUCAUGGACAAGAGCUUAAAAUCGGCUGGGGAAAACCAUCUCCCGUCAGCGCUCAAGUCCAACUUGCAAUUCAGCAGAGCAACGCAAGCAGGAACGUUUAUCUUGGUGGCUUGGAUGAGGAAAUGACGGAAGAACAGCUCAGGGAUGAUUUGAGCCGGUUUGGCCUCAUCGAUCAAGUCAAGAUUGUCCGAGACAAGAACAUCGGGUUUGUUCACUUCCUGAGCAUCGCUAUCGCUACCAAGGUUGUCAAUACUCUUCCAACCGAACCUGCUUGGGCGGGGAAGCGUAUCAACUAUGGCAAAGACCGCUGCGCUUAUGUUCCUAAAUCCCAGCAAGCCGCAGCACAGGCCGCACAGGCCGCCGCAGCCCAAUCUCUCGUGGCGCAAUCGGCCACGCUCUCUCCCGGUACUGGGGCAAACCCAUUUGGAGCCAGUCCAUUCGGUGGCUCGUUCUCGCCUUACGCUGCGUUUGCUCCGGAUGGUAUGAACUUUGCUGCUGCCGGCGCUGCUGGAAUGGGCAUGCAGGGAAUGAACAGAACGGUGUAUUUGGGGAAUAUUCAUCCUGAGACUGCGACGGAGGAUUUGUGUAAUGCGAUUCGUGGAGGCGUGUUACAGAGCGUGAGAUAUAUGCAGGAUAAGCACAUUGCGUUCGUGACAUUUGUGGACCCUGCAGGCCGCGUUUACGUUCUUCCAGGUGUCAUCCUACCAAGGACUGACGCUGAACAACCGGCGGCUCAAGAUCGGGCAACUAUCGAGGACUUCGAAGUCUUCAGCGAGGAGAAGCUUAAGCGUGACUUUGGAGAGUAUGGCGAGAUCGAACUUCGUCAAUUUCCUCAAGGAGAAGUACGCGUUUUCAUGUUGAAUUUGUAUCAUGGAACGGAUAUUAAUGGACGUCGCCCUAAAGGAACUGUGCAUUCGUCAACUUCACUAACAUCUCGAAUGCGAUCAAAGCGAUCGACGGAAUUAAGAACAAACCCGACUACGCAAACUUGCGCAUCGCCCAUGGCAAAGAUCGGUGUGCAAACCCACCGCGAUCAGGUCCUCAUGGUGGUGGUUCGCGGCGGUCAGCAAGCGGGAAUACUGCUGCUGCGGCGCACAGUGGAGGUGGAGAUACUGAAGAGGCAGAAGGAGCCGAGGAUGCUGGCUGAUGGUGAACAGCCAGAGGAAAACGGAGUUGCGUCCUAG